CAGGCGCGGCAGGCGGCGGCGUUAAGGGUCGGGGCGGCGGGCGGCGCCGGCAGCGGAGCGGGGCCGCCGGCGGGGCGCCUCGGCUCGGCCAUGGGACGGUACUCGGGCAAGACCUGCCGCCUCAUCUUCAUGCUGGUGCUCACCGCCGGCUUCUUCGUGGCCGAGCUGGUGUCGGGCUACGUGGGCAACUCCAUCGCGCUGGUGUCCGACUCGUUCAACAUGCUGUCGGACCUCAUCUCGCUCUGCGUGGGCAUCUCCACCGGGUGCAUCGCCCGCCGCAGCCGCCGGGGCCCCCGCGCCACCUACGGGUACCGCCGCGCCGAGGCGGUGGGAGCCCUCAGCAAUGCCGUCUUCCUCACCGCCCUCUGCUUCACCAUCUUCGUGGAAGCCGUGCUCCGCCUGGCCCGGCCGGAGCCCAUCGACGACGCGCGGCUGGUGCUCAUCGUCGGCACCCUCGGCCUCGCCGUCAACCUCGUGGGGCUCCUCGUCUUCCAGGACUGGGGCGCCUGCUGCCGCCGGCACCGGCACCGGCCCGCCCCGCAGCCCCUGCCCGGCGCCGCCGGCACCGAGCGGGACGAUGGAGCAGGUGAUUCACCAAAUGACCAAAAGAGCCCUGAAGAGGGGCCUGUGAAAAAAAAAGAGAAAAAGUCUGAAGCCCUGAACAUCAGAGGUGUUCUUUUGCAUGUUAUGGGAGAUGCACUUGGAUCUGUGGUUGUGGUAAUUGCUGCUACAAUUUUCCAUAUACUUCCUCUGGAGAAUGCUCCAUGUAAUUGGCAGUGCUACAUUGAUCCAAGCCUGACAAUAAUUAUGGUGAUCAUCAUCUUGUCUUCUGCAUUCCCACUUAUCAAGGAGACCUCAAUUAUUUUGUUGCAGAUGGUUCCCAAAGGUGUUAAUGUGCAACUACUGACUGACAGACUAGCUCGUGUACCAGGGGUUAGCAGCCUUCAUGAAGUGCAUAUCUGGGAGCUUGCAGGUGGGAAGAAUAUUGCUACUCUUCAUAUCAAGUGCCAAACCCCUACUGAUUACCAAGAUGCUGCUUAUAAAAUACGGAAGGUUUUUCAUGAAGCAGGAAUUCAUUCUGUGACCAUCCAGCCUGAGUACAUGGAUCACAAGAACUUCCAGCUAAUGUGCAGCUCACCCUGCAUCUCAAAAGCUUGUGACUCUCAGCUGUGCUGCAGUCAGCGAGAGAACCCCCCAGCUAAAACUAAUGGCUAUACUGGGAAAAAUGAUACUUGCCUUUCAUCACAGCGUGAAGACAAUGGUUCGAGUAAAAAUGAUAUUGAGAUCCCUAUUGAGUACCCACUGGCAGAGGAUAGCAUUAAAAAUGUGAAAUAUUGUGGUGGCUCUGAUGACAAAUCACAGCUGAGCAGUACACGACUUUAGGCAAUUCCCUCUACUUUGUGUAAUAUUUUCAUAGAACAAAAAAUAUCCUGGCUUGAAGGGGGUGAUCAGCGGUUGUAGCUGAAGUUGGUGUGGCAAACAGAUUUCUGUGCUUUAGCUGUAAACCAAAAUACAACUAAAACCCCCUUGUAUCUGAAAUAAGGAUUAAUGUUUCCACAGAGGGUGUUGCAUUCAUCUAAGAUUUUUGUUAUACAGCCUAACCCAGUUCCUUACCAAACUACGCAAGAAUUUCUGUUAUUAGAGUGGAUGGUGUGUAUUGCUGUCUGCACUGAUGCUUGCAGUUAAUGGCCAGUGGCACUGGGAAUGAAACUCUGGCCUUUUCUGCUGAAGUGAGCUGUUUUCUGAAAGCCCUGUGGCCAGUUUGUGAUUGUACCGGACUAAGUACUGUAUAUUUUUAGAGGACUUCAGUAGAGCUGCUUUACUGAUCCUUAAACUCUGUUUCUGUAUAGACAGUUUAACAGUAAUGCUUGUGCUUCUGGCCAGUGGGGUUUGUGAAUGAAUUUAGGAGUGUCUUAUGUAGGAGGGGAAGCACUCAGGAAUUUUGACUUUCAUUAUUUUCUUGAUUAACUCCUGUAUUUAGGGACAGAGUAGGAACUGAUCUUGCAUAAGUACUAGUAAUACUGGAGUCUUAGCCUAAUCACAGAUGGGUAUGACAAAGAAUAGACUUGUCCUGAAAUACUAACGUGUAUGUACACAUUCUAGCAAACGGAAAUGCAGGCAGUUAUUCAGUGACUUUUAUCUUGUUCACUCUUGUGAUUGUACAACUCAGUCUUUUUAAUUUAUUUUUCUCCUGACAACAGAGAUUAUAAUAGCCAUGGUCCUAAUUCAUCGUUGUGUGGGAUGAUUGCAAUAUCUACAACACUGAGUGUCUGUCAUUAUUCAUGCUGAAUAAAUAAGCUAAUUUGUUUGUUAUGAACAGUUAAAAUUCUGCAGUUCUAUCAUUAAGACACAAUUUAAUAAUGGGUUAGUUAAGAAAUUCCCUUCGAUUUUUAUGUGCAGUGUUAUCACUUAGAGGAAGCUUUAAAAAAAAUUACAAGGAAUUUUUCCUUGUUUAGUCUUUAUUUUUUGCUGAAUUAUUUUAAAUGUCUAAGCCCUUCCCUCUGCCCUGCCCUUCCUCCCCCUGCCCAAAGGUGUAUUUCAAAGUGUGUUUAGUGGAGCAGUUCCUUUAUCUCUUUGCUGCUUGCCUUUGUUUAAGGCUGGUAAACGUGCUCUAAGGAAAACAAGGUGUCGUGCCUUGUCACUAGUACUGGAUUUAGGGCAGGUCUGUUCCACAGGUUUCUUGGAGAGGAGACUCACUACCUCCUAGUCCACACUGAGAGUAGUGCUUAGCCUCACUGUAUAUACAAACCAGAUCCAGAAGCUUUCAAAUCCUUUUUUCAGUCAAAAGUAGCCUUUCAGUGGUCUCUGUGGCCCGGGCAAGCUAUUUUAUUCAUUUAUUUAUGGGGACAUCUCUAUAAAAUAGUGGUGUCUUUACCUCAGCGACACAUUAACAGAAAGGGAAAAUUGAUUUCCAGCCCAGGCUGGAAAAAUAGCAGGACCUCCUUGUAUGGCUGAGUAGAAAGCGGCCAACUCCUUAUUAAUAAGGACAAUUACAUUAAAUCAAUGAAUAUUAAAAGACACAGCAGGCUAUUUUGCUGCUUGGAAAAUGGUAUUUACUGAAGCAGUGACUGCAGUCUUAAUAGCACAUUUCUAGAUUUGCAGGUACUCCUUUUGAAGAGGUUCUUGGGUGAAGAAUGUGAUCCUCCUGUCUGUUUGAUUCUCUUGGCAGCAGCAGAGGUGAAAGCAGCAGGACUUUGCUUGGCAGUUAUUGCAUGAAUUAAUGUAAAUCAGGAAACGUUUUAAGAAUUGCUCUGUCUUUCAGAAGUGUGUGGCAUAAAGUAAGACAACCCUUUCUUCUGUUCUUUUUAUCCGUACUUUCACCUAUGAUGAUGUUUAAAUGUCAGGAUUUAGAUGUAAAUUAUAAAAAUAUUUAUAGGGUUUUUUUGAGAACUGGAAGAGAAAGCUCCCAAAAUACGAACAAAGUGUAAGGGAGAACUUGCUUCCCAAAUAUCCUCUAAAACAAGCAGCCUUGCAUAUUUAUGCAUUUGUGGCUUAAAUCAGGUUAUCUUUUUAUAUAUACAUUUUAUGAAGUGGUUGAAAGGUGGAAUGGCAGUAUUGUUUACUCUGGGAUUAGAGAGAACUAUUACGUAUAAUGCUGAGACUUUUGACAAAAGGAACUUCUCUUUCUUUAUCCUUCCAGUGUUUGUUAAAACUGUGAUUAACUAUUUUUUAAGUUUUUAAAAGUGUUGUAACCUGAAAAUACAAUGAAGUAACAUUUGUAAACUUUUUUCUUGUACUGUAAUUGUUUUCUGUGAGUAAAUAGGAAAAUACUGGGGAUUACAGAAAUCUUCAGACCUAGAAAACAAGGAGAUUUAAAAUUUGCUUGAUUACUUAAAGAAGCAAACCCAAUACAGCAAUAUUAUUUAUGAAGUAAACCUUGUUUUUUAUGUGUAUGGGCUUCCAGAAUAUCCAGCUAAGGUUGCUGACUCAGUAUCCUUGCUUUCCUUUGAGUCCUGGAAGAAAAUAUUUUUCUUUUCUGCUUUGAGUGUGCCACAACUAAGCUCUACUGGGUGGCCUCUCUCUGCUUCUGUAAAAGACUUCAUUCCUGUCAGUGUCUAUUUUCUAUUGGAUUAUUUCUCUUUAGUUCUUCCCAUAUCUCUUUUAAGUCACUUAAGCUUACCUCAUCUUGAAAUACAGUAUAUUUCAGUAUUUGCCCUUAUGUAUGGGCACUUGUUCUCAAUGAAUUUUUGCUGCACUGUUGAAAAAUCUCUUUUCUGGCCUCUUUUGCUUAUUUUUUUUUCCACUCCCAGUUCAGGAAGUAAAAGUUCUGAUGAUUACAUGUUGAUUGUGCUACCCUGUCCUCUUCAUUUACCCCCUUCUGACUGCACCGUUAUGGCAUUCAAUUUCUCUUGCAGUGGUUGCACUAUCUGCACACCACUGGCUGUAGCAAAGGGAAUCUGUUUAAAAGACAGUUGAUUUUCAACCAGAUGUCCCGCUUACGUGGUCAUCUGGUCCAUAACCAGUCAUACAUGUAACCUAAUUGUAUGGCGAUGAAACAUUCACUAGCCUUUGGCGGAUAGUUUUGGAGCAAGAGUGAAAACUGAAAUGAAUUUGACAUGGCAUUGAAUGCAAAAGCAAUUUUCCGGCCUUUAUAAGUUGUGGGCUUUUUCCUAAAGUGAAUUCAAUUUUUUUGCCACCUUUUCAUCUGUUAUACUUUAAGCAAAUGUAUCAUUUUGAAAGAUAAUUUUUCCUUCUUCUCUAACUAAAUGCAGGUCUUGCCUUUGCCUUUCUGUGUGAAGAAAAAUUACUGAUAGUAUUUUUAGGAGUGUUGCCUUUCAUUUGCCAAGUUUUCAAUUAACUUCCUUCUUGUGUACUUCAUGAUACUUAUUUUGACUUGUAAUGCAGCAGUAUUUUUCUUAUUCUUUGUCUCUUCAAUAAGAGCAAUAUAGUUUUGCUAGGCCUCUGGUCAUGGUGAUGUAGCUAUAAUACAGUGUAGAAAUACCUCUUUUAUGCACUGUUUUCAUUUUUGCACUCCAUUUAAUUAAAAUUCACUGCUUUCUGGUUUUGCUAUGUGAUACCCUUUACCACUGCAAACCACUUUUUGAUCUUGCUCUUCCUGUUUUUUCUUCCUGCCUCUACCUGAGUAUAACACCUCAUAUCUUGAAUGCUCCCUUUUAUUCUGGACGUCGAAGAGAAUAUGCUGGCACUGAAAUUUUUCCCAAAAUGAAGUUCACCACCCAAGGUCUAUGGAUGACUGCUCCAAGGACUGUUUUGUGUCCCGUGAUCUGUGUCACAGUGUUGUCUAAGUAGUCAUCCUGAGAUAAAAAUAUAUAUAUAUUUAUAUAUUUAAAUCCUUUAUAAACACUCCACUUGAACCAACUUAAUAAAGAAGGUUGGUUUCUAAGCCUAAGAAGGGAUGAUGACAUCACUAGAGUUUGUUAGUCAUACAUCAACAACUUAGGGGAAAGCUUGGAUCACUAAUUGGAAAGCAGAUAAAAGGGACAUUUCUGAAAAGAUAAUCCAUGAAGAUUUCUAUAGGUUCUACUACUUUGCUCUAUGGUGGAAGCACUUUCUAUGUUAAAUACUUUAUUUGAGCAGUGAUACUUUGGUAUGAGGUUGUCACUGUAUGAAGUUGUUACAUUUAUGGAGUUGUGUUGCUUAUAAGUUUCCUCCAGUUAUUCUGUUCCUUAUGUGAUUUAAAUAAUGUGCCAAAAUGUAAUUCCCAUGAUUGCUGAAUCAGUGAAUGGAAAAUGUCAUUGUGGUUUUAUUAACCAUUAGUAAGAAAUUAAGUUUUAUGUACAGUUACAAUUUUGUCAAAAUGAAGUUUGAAUGUCUUGUAAAU